AAGACCAGUCUGGCUGAGGCUGCUCAUCUGGCAGCAGGUGGUGUGACAUGUGGACCGGGGAAGAAGUCACCCGCUUCUCCCCGUGAUUGGCAGUAAGCAGUUACGGUAGUUAAGGUGCUCGCUCCGGACGUUAGAGGUGAGAAAAGUGACAGAGGCAGUCAGUGACUCGGGAUGCUCGGCCAAUCUCCUCACCUUAUCGGGGGCAUCUUGUGGAUCCAGAAUCCAAUGAGAGCUGUUCACUGCAACCUGAGCCAGAAUGGCAUCGACCGCCAGAUGUGCCCAGAGGAUGUGACAUCACAACUGGAGGAAGAGGAGGAGUCCGUGGAUGCGGGGGCUGUGCUGCUGGACGACGACAGCCCGAGCUACCAGGAUGUCAGCCCCCCCAUGUAUCAGCGCCGCUCCCCGCCACACCGCUCUGUCUCUGAGUCUGAGCUGACACGGCCAGGGUAUGUGAAGCUGUCCAAGCCGGUGGCUCUGUGGACCCAACAGGAUGUGUGCAAAUGGCUGAAGAAACACUGUCCUAAUCAGCACCAGAUCUACAGCGACUCCUUCAAACAACACGACAUCACAGGGCGGGCUCUGAUGAGAUUGACAGACCGAAAGCUGGAAAGAAUGGGCAUCAUGCAGGAAGCCCAGAGGCAGCACAUCCUGCAGCAGGUCCUGCAGCUUCGUGUCCGCGAGGAAGUCAGGACCCUUCAGCUUCUCACACAAGCAAUUCUAGCAGCUGCCCUCCUCCAUCACCGCUACCAGCAGCACUCUGCAUCACCACCACUACUGCCGUCAGCACCCGUCUGCCCACAGACUCUCAAACAGAGCUUUGCCGCAGGGGCCAAAAAACAAAUUCUAGAGAUCUUUGUCACUCCUUGAAAUUCUUGGAAAACAUUUGGGGUGUAAUAAAGAAGAUUCUAUCCCUGCCACUGUUUUGGUCCCCUAGCAAGUGGAAAAUAGAGAGUGCAAGGCCAGGAGUUUAGCUGAGUGAUGACACUUUGCUAAAGGCUACUCUCAGCCUCCCAUCUUUUUUCUUCUUCUGCACUUUUCUUCUCCUCUGUUCUCCUCUUCUCUCCUCUCCUCUGUAUUGAUGUUAUGGGAAGCGACAGCCCACCAGCCUCAACAGCGACAGGCCGCUGGCCUCAGCAGGAUGCAGCCUGUUAGUGGAGCCUAUCUGGGCCUUGGGGAUGAAGGACACAGGGGCAGAAAAGACUGAAAUAUGGUGGAUCUAGGGAAUGUGAAUAUGGAGGAGUUGGAGAAAAGAUGUAGAGUAGAUGAGAAGAAAUGUCGACAACAUGUUUUUUUUAAUGUUUUUAUUUUAGAAAAUUGGGUGUGCAUGUUUUGCAUGGCAUGAAUUAUGUAUAAAGUCAUGAGAAUCAUCACAGAAAGUAAUAAGUUGGUAUAAAUGAAGAUGGGUCUUGUACAUACAUUUUGAGAAAUAUAAACAUUUUUAUUUGAUAUUGGUGAUUGUUUUAUGCAUUAUCGUAACUAUAGUUUUUUGUAUUUACCAGCUACAGUAUCACUGAGAAGUAAUGCAUGUGAUGGAACAGUGAGAAAGUUAGAAAAGGAGCAGGAAGCAGAAGUAUUUUAAGUCUCCUAAGCUGUCGCUUCUGGAGAUGCUUUUGGCAGGGAGUGAAAACAUUGGAAGGAGCAGAGACGGUGGAGUAUUUCUAGGCCCAGGGCACACUUCCUCGAGCUGUUGCUGGAGGGGAAUACAGCUGCAGCCGGUAGGAAGCUGAGCCAGAGAGAGUGAGAGAGAAAGAAAUGAAGUGAGAAGGUGGCGGUGAGUGGUGAUGAGAUGAUGAAGAGAAAAAAAAAGAAGACAGAGGAGGAGGAAUGGUGCAAAGAGUGGGGAGAGGGGGAGACAGUAGGUGACAAGAAGGUAGGAUGAGAAAGAAAAGGAGAGAGAGAGGUGGUGAUAGGACAGAGAAAAGGAAAAGUGAGAAAGAGUGUGAGAAAGAGAGGAGGUGAGAAAAGGAAACCCUCCCCCCUCCAAGAUAUAAUGGAAGACAAAUACAACUUUGUAUCUAUGAAAUAUCUAUAUUUACAUUCUCUAUAUAUGUGCAAAUAUCCAUAUCUAUAUACAUAAAUACAGCAAAUCCUCAACUAAAAGCCAGGAUUCAAAUGCAGUCUGAGCUUCAAAGCAGAGCAGAAUUAAUAAAGGCCAUAUGAAAAGUACUGAGUGCCGGUGAGUUAGAACAGUAUAAAAGAGGUGAAUAUGACUAUGUUGAUUCACUGAUGGAAUAAAAGAUGUGGAAAUGUAGAUUAUUCUACAGAUAAACACACCUCCACAUUACUGCACACAUAUCAAGUUUGCCCAGCGAUUAAUAUGUGGUCUAAUGUUGUUCUCAGUGACGGCUAUAUCUACCAGUUGAAUAAACAGUUGAUGGGAUCAGAUCGGAGCUUUAUAGACAGAAUGAAGAAUGAUGAUGUUGUCUCCCUUCCCUCCCUGGGUAGAAACCUAGUUGCAUCCAUGAAACACAGCGACAGAAAAAGGAUUGCAAAAAAAUGUAGGUGACAUUGACACAUCAGGCAGAUUGUUGUAUGUCAACUUAGAUUUUCAUUAAAAAUAACUGCUUUAAGAGGCAAUUGUUGGACAGAUAGGUCGCUCGCUACUGUAAGGGCAAAAACAAAAUAAAAUGUCCCCACCCUGCCAACAGGAAAUUAGCUAAUAAAAAGUGGCAAUUCAGACAGAAAGCAGAAAAUGAAAGUGGUAGGAGAUUGGAAAAUAUGGAAAUGUCUUAGUAAAAUAUAUUUUAAAAAAUAAAUAAAUAAAUAUAAAUAAAAUAUCCUAAAUAAGCCUGUUUCAAUUAAAGACCUGGUGUUUUCCUCAGUCAAAGGCUGCAUUUUAAAUUUAUGGUAUAGAUAGAUAGAUACUUUAUACAUCCCCAGUGGAAAUUCACAGAUAUACAGUAGGUCUGUGUUAGAAAAAGAGAAGCAUUGAGAGAGGGCCAUCAUCUUUAUAGAAAGGGAGAGAGAGAUCCACUAACUAUAAAGAGAAAGGUUGCAGAGGAGAGCGCUGGAGCGAGCAAGGUACACAAUAGAGAAAAAGGCGAGAGUGCAGGCAGGAGAGAGCGAGGUGUUGUAAUUACUGCAGUGUACCCAGACAGAAUUAGCUAGACGGACAGUGAUUAACCUUUAAGGCUUGCUGGGCCAUGGGAGGGAAAUAAUUAGAUCCCCCCCCCCCCCCCCCCCCCCCUCUCUCUCUCUCUCUCUCUCUCUCUCUCUCUCUCUCUCUCUCUCUCUCUCUCUCUCUCUCUCAUUUGCCACGGGGACGGCGGAGAGUGGAGACUCAUUGCUUACAGUCAACAGAGUCGGAAUGAAGCUCUCCAAACAGAAAGUGAUACCCAACAACGACCUUAGAGAAUCAAGUGUACGGCCUGAUAGACUAAGAAUGGUGUAAUGCUGAGUGCAGACUUUACAAUAAGACAGUGCGUGUGUGUGUGCAGAGAUAUUGUACGACAACUGAUGCCCCACCUAAGACACCUACUGGGUGGUGUUGACCAAUGGGAGCACAGAGCAUUCUUCCACACACUCAUGCUAUUAGGUGAAACUCUAAAUCGGAGGAAAGGUUUUUUUUGAAGCUAUGAGAAUAAGAUCCCUGCCUUUUUGAUGUGUCCUAGAGGUGCAUGGGUGGCAUACUGUAUGGACAGAAGGGAAAAUAUAGGGCGGUGAAUCUGAUUAAUGUUGAACAGUAAACAAACAGGGCCGUUUUCACACUAUCAGCGUUAUCACAGUUCAGGUUAGAAAGACUUGGCAGGGAUGAAAAGAAAAAAUGGUGAUUCUCAAAGGUUCAAACACCAGGUCAAUCUAGGAAACAGUAUUCUCAAUCUAGGUUAACUCAGCAAUAGAAGAGGUGUAAUUAUAUACACAUCACGUAUAGGUGCGAGGAUAUUAAAAAACAUCACUGAAAGAAGUAGUUACGCCUGCACGCUGUCUGCAAGCCCCAAAAUUUAAUCAAAAAGACAACGUUUUGAUCCCAGUCAGAUGACGACCUGACCCCAGCCGGAUCUUUGUCAGGUCAAAGCAUUUGUGGGAGACGUGAUAAUCAUUCAAAUGAGGAUAACACCCACACUUUUGAACUUUUUUUUUUAACUUCAUUUGAACGAGCACAAGCAAAAAGUGACAGAGGUAGUGGGCGUGCAGUUUGGAUUGUCGGUUGUAGGAAAUUACAAAAAUGAUCAGACACAGUUCCCCCCCUGUUUCCAAAGUGGGAAAGAUGUGGAGGAAAGAGGGUUUAGACACUGUUUGACCAUCUGACAAGCAUUUAAUCAUACUGGCCCUUUAAGGACAGAAACAUAUGCGAUUUUACUUGUAAAAUAAAAAUGGACAGUAAUUGCACAUUGCAUCAAUAGCAGUUAACAGUAAUUGCACAUAAGUUGGAGUCAUAAUAAUGGCACAUAGUGAAUGAGCUGCAUUAAUGUACCAAGCAAACGCAUGAGUCAGAAGUGAAGACAUAAAAUAUGAGAAAGCCUGGCCUGCCUGCUCGGGUCUAAACACUUUGGCAGAGAGUUUAAAGUUUCACUUCUUUAGUACAACAGCAGCUCGAGGACUGUAAAGGUGAAAGGAAGAAUGUUGCACAUGUUCUUCACAGUGUUGUUAUAAUACAAGUGCAUUCACCUUGGCUAGUUUUGUUACAGAUUUCUCCAGCACUAUUAGGGAUAUAGAAGAAUUGAGUUUUAGCUGAUGUGACCUGACAUGACAUGACAGAAGAAGUAGAAGGAAUAGCAGCUUUGGUGUAUUUAAUAUAAACUGAAAGUAGUUAAGUGCAUGUUACUUUCCAUUAUCUAAAAUACAUGUCCAGUAUAUUUAUAUUGCAUUUUCAUGCACACACACACAUCAUCCAGUUGAGGCUUUUUUCAAUCAGUUUUUGAAAUGAAAAAUAAUAAACAAACAUAAAUUUGUGCUCUACAAUGGUGAAAUGUGUCUCAACGUGCUCAACUUUCCAAUUUCUGAUGAAAUUCUAUGAAAGUAGCCUUGUAUCCUGCUUCAUUACUGUGCACAUAUCUAACUGUCAAAGGCUGUCAAAUUUCCUCAACUCAUUAAGGAAGGAGCGCGUCCUCCCUCACCUGCUUAAAAUGUAAGAGUCAACAAAAGUGGAGUUCUGUGGUUCUCAUUUCACAACAGUAUGGAAAAUCUCAAUACAUCAUGUCAUUUAAAAAAAAAAGAAAGAAAAGAAAAAUGAAACCUUGUUUUUUUGAGGUGGACAGCACUUGUCAAGUACAGCUGUCCCACUGCCCGCUUCAGUCGGGAGGAAAUGAAAACAAAAGAUAACAUCAACAGAAAAAAAGAUUUCAUAAAAUGUCAACACAUUUAAAAAAACAAGUAAUAUAUGAAAAGUACGGAUAUUUAAUAAAAGAUCAAUACAUAGAAGAAAACCAAUAAAAUAGUGUUUUAUGAGGUGAUUUAAAACAUGAUGCAGGUUUUGUUGGACCAUCAACUCCUGUCUAGUCAAGUCCGUGUUUUUCUUGUAAAUGUCUUCGUCUGAGACAGACAUGCUCAUUGUACAGUUUAUAUUUAGUCUUAAUAUGAUAUCUGUGUAUCCAUAGAAACAAACUAAGAUCUUUCUGCACCUGAGACAAAAUGUAGAGGGCAGGGUGAAAAACAAAAGCAUCUAUCUCUCUUCUGGCAAAUUAAAGUGAGUUGUGGCUUCAUGCUAAGCCCUCUGACAGCUUAAAAAGUCAGACCCUGAGACAAUGGAAAAGAGGGAAUGAGACUGUUGUGAUUAAUCAGGCUGUUUUCUUGAUAACAGCAUUUAACCGUUGAAACUGUUGCAUGUAAAAGCCUCUAGCGGCUACACUGAAUCUCUCUGAAUUAACUCUAAUACAAAGAUUGGAAGCCUUUAAGCUGUCACGUUUCUCCCCCACUUCCAAAAAAAAAAACUCUUCUUCUGUAUUCAAUUUCAUGCUUAUAACCAUUUCAGAGUUUUCAAUAACAGCUUUA